AUGUCUUCUGAAAUGGAUAGAGCUCUCUUAGCCUUAUCCCUCAAAGAUGAUGAUGAUGGCCUUUUCACUCUACCAAAUCUCCCGCAGUAUUUCGCAACUGAAAGGAAUGCAUGCAGCUUAAUAGGACGACUUCUUAACCCAGAAUUUCAAAGGCUGCCAAAAUUGAUCCUCGAUCUACCUAGGAGGUGGCAGAAGGCGGAAAGGGUCAGGGGAUUUGCUCAGACUAAAGAAAAAUUUCAGUUUGUGUUCAUGCAUGAACACGAUCUUCAGGAAGUUCUCGACAAAGGCAUGCAAACCUUCGAUGAUUGGGGUUUAGCAAUUGAUCGCUGGGUAGAGAAGCCUCCGCCUGGAUACUUGCAAUCAGUGUCGAUCUGGGUUAGAAUCAGUAACAUUCCAGUCAAUCACUACACUAAAGAAACUAUUUCUGAGCUUGGAGAUCUCAUCGGGCAUGUUGAAAAAGUCAUAUUUGAUCCCCGAAAAACCACAGAGGCAAGAGUCCUGAAUCUCCCAGGUGGUGAACAGACAACAAUAUGUUACUAUUAUGAAAAAGUACAGAAACGAUGUUACCAUUGUCAGAGAUUAACGCAUGCAAAGGAGCGCUGUCCUUUUCUAGAACAUGAUAAAGGAUCUAGAGAUCAAUCAACUGGUUUCAUGACUAUCUCUCAGACUCCUCGUCCCCAACGGGUUCUUGAAGUUAACGAUCCUCUGUUUGGAGUCUUAAAGGAAGAUCAAGUUGGAAUUAAUCCUCUCUCCGGUCGCCCACGUAUUGCUCCUGAGAUUCUGCAAGAGAUGCGUAAUUAUCUACUAGCUUCAAGCUCUAAAGACAGACAUGUUCGAGAACAAAGAGUCAUUGCUUCAGUGAAAGAUGCAGAGAUGAAUCCGGCCACACAGAGAUCAGUGAUGCAGCUCAUCUCCACUCAGUUGUUUACUUCAGACAUAAACAAAGGAAAAGGGAUAGUUUUCUUAUAUGAUAAAGAAGAAAGAAUGGGUCACUAUUUUAUCCCUAACCCGCAGCCUAAGCUUAUGGCAUCGGCAAUCUCCUCAGGACAGACGCUGUUCAACACUACAAGUCUACAACUAAUGUUUUCUGUAAACUGUCGCUACCAUCCCUUCAACAGCCUCAGGAGAAUCAAAUCAGUCCUCUGA